AGCAACGCUAGUAGUUAUGCUGCGAGCCACAGGAGAAGUCCUCAGUUACUAUUUUUAGAUUGCCUCCUCACUGACUGUAGCCUCCAUGAGGGCAGGGACCAACACCUGGCUGACAUACAGUAGGUGCUCAGCUGUUUGUCCAUAGGGAUCCUGCUGCCUCUAGUGGGCUGGGCCCUAGGGGGCCUGAUGAGCUCAGGGUAGAUUAUCUGAUUAUCAGAUUGCUGACUAAGAAGGUAUCCGCCCCAGAGAGCCCCCAAGGCAGAGGGAGGGCAGGGGACCCAGGCCAAGAGGGGCCCCAGAAUCUUGCCUGUUGGCUGUGCCUGUAUCUCACUGCUGUCUUUUGUUUCCAUGUGCCGUUGCGGCGAUGGCUCCCCGACUUCUCCCUGACGGCUGUGUGACCCUAUGGCUGCAUCUGGCAACAUCAUGACAACAGAGAAGAGUUUAGUGGCUGAGGCUGAAAAUCCACAGCACCAACAACAGAAGGAAGAGGGUGAGGGAGUUACAAACUCGGGUCAACAGGAAACUCAGCUGGAAGAGGCUUCUCAAGCAGCAGCCGAGGGAGAUAAUCAGUGUGAGCAGAAGCUGAAAACGUCUAAUGGCGACACUCCAACACACGAAGACUUAACCAAGAACAGGGAGCGGACAUCAGAAAACAGGGGCUUGUCACGGCUGUUCUCCUCAUUUCUCAAAAGACCUAAAUCUCAGGUCUCUGAGGAAGAAGGCAAAGAAGUAGAGUCAGCUAAAGAGAAAGGUGAAGGAGGUCAGAAAGAGAUAGAAUUUGGCGCCAGUCUUGACGAAGAGAUCAUUUUGAAGGCCCCGAUUGCAGCUCCUGAACCUGAGCUCAAAACAGACCCAUCCCUUGAUCUUCAUUCUUUAAGCAGUGCAGAAACACAGCCUGCUCAGGAAGAACACAGGGAAGAUCUAGAUUUUGAGACUAAGGAAGGAGAAGGACUUGAAGAGUGCUCUAAAACAGACGUAAAAGAAGAAAGUCCUGAAUCAAAAGCAGAAAGAGAAUUAAAAUCUUCCCAGAAAUCCAUCAGAAGACACAGAAACAUGCAUUGCAAGGUUUCUUUGUUGGAUGACACAGUUUUCGAAUGUGUUGUGGAGAAACAUGCUAAGGGACAAGAUUUACUUAAACGAGUAUGUGAACACCUCAAUCUUUUGGAAGAAGACUACUUUGGUCUAGCCAUUUGGGAUAACGAAACCUCUAAGACAUGGCUGGAUUCUGCCAAAGAAAUAAAAAAGCAGGUUCGUGGUGUCCCUUGGAAUUUCACAUUUAAUGUAAAGUUUUAUCCACCUGACCCAGCACAGUUAACAGAAGAUAUAACAAGGUAUUAUUUAUGUCUUCAACUUCGGCAGGACAUAGUUACAGGACGUCUGCCCUGUUCCUUUGCAACCUUAGCAUUGUUAGGUUCUUACACCAUCCAGUCUGAGCUGGGAGACUACGACCCAGAACUCCAUGGUGCAGAUUAUGUUAGUGAUUUUAAGCUGGCCCCAAAUCAGACCAAGGAACUUGAAGAGAAGGUCAUGGAACUGCAUAAGUCAUACAGAUCCAUGACUCCAGCUCAGGCUGACCUGGAAUUUCUUGAGAAUGCCAAAAAAUUGUCUAUGUAUGGUGUUGACCUUCAUAAAGCAAAGGACUUGGAAGGAGUUGAUAUCAUCCUAGGUGUCUGCUCUAGCGGCCUUCAGAUUUACAGAAAUAAGCUGAGAAUUAACCGUUUUCCUUGGCCCAAAGUACUAAAAAUUUCUUACAAACGUAGCAGCUUUUUCAUCAAGAUUCGGCCUGGAGAGCAAGAACAGUAUGAAAGUACCAUCGGAUUCAAACUUCCCAGUUACCGAGCAGCUAAGAAAUUAUGGAAAGUCUGUGUAGAGCAUCACACGUUUUUCAGACUGACAUCUACAGACACCAUUCCUAAAAGCAAAUUUCUCGCCCUGGGAUCCAAAUUUCGAUACAGUGGCCGAACUCAGGCUCAGACCAGGCAAGCUAGUGCUUUGAUUGACAGGCCUGCCCCACACUUUGAGCGCACAGCAAGCAAACGGGCAUCCAGAAGCCUUGAUGGAGCAGCAGCCGUUGAUUCAGCAGACCGAAGUCCUCGGCCCACCUCUGCACCAGCCAUUGCUGAGAGUCAGGUCACAGAAGGCAGCGUCCCAGGUGCACCUGUUAAAAAGGUACAGAAGGAAGUAGUGAAGGUCGAAGUGAAAGAGGAAGAAGUGCCACCUGAGCAAGCUGAGCCUGAACCCACGGAAGAGUGGAAGGUGGAAAAAACCCACAUCGAGGUCACAGUACCCAUCUCAAAUGGUGACCAAACACAGAAGCUUGCAGAAAAACCUGAAGAUCUGAUAAGAAUGAGGAAGAAAAAGAGAGAGAGACUAGAUGGUGAAAACAUUUAUAUCAGACAUAGCAAUUUAAUGUUGGAGGAUUUAGAUAAAAGUCAAGAAGAGAUCAAAAAACAUCAUGCCAGCAUCAGUGAGCUGAAAAAGAACUUCAUGGAAUCUGUACCAGAACCACGGCCUAGUGAAUGGGAUAAACGCUUAUCCACUCACUCUCCCUUUCGAACAAUUAACAUCAAUGGGCAAAUUCCUACAGGAGAAGGAGUGAAGAAAACCUCUGUCCUUCCCUCGGAAAGAAAGGUUGGUGGGCCAGAGACACAGGAACGUGCUCUGUUAGUGCAGGAUGAAGAGAAAAUUAAAAGGCAAGAGAGAUCUGCUGAAAGAGCCUUGCCCCAGCAAGAGAAUGAAGAAAUUCUUCCCAAGGUUUCUAUUCCAAUCCCUGAGGAUCACAAGUCUCUCAAAAAGUGCCACCUCUACUCUAGUACUUUUUCAUCUCCUCGUAUUCCUUUCGUGAUGUCUUUUCUUGUGGUUCUUGCAUUGGCUGUCUGGUGGUUGGUCUUUCUGUGAUCACAAAACAGGGUGCUCGUCGGCAAUGUCAAGACUAAAACCAUUGAACUUUGUCUUUGACUUCUACGUGUUAUCUCCUAUGUGAUGCCCUCUGAUUUUGAUAGUUCACUGUCCUAGAGGAGCACUUGUGAUCAUAUUUCUGUCAAUGAAAUGUUACUCUUUGUAGAAUAUGGAUGGUGGGGUACAAGGAGUAGCAAUGGAUUGCCCAGGCCAGCUUUCCUCACUGAAGUUCAACAAGUUUAAGCAAAUCCAAUUUAAGCAUAUGAUAGGUUGGUACUUUUCCCAAAAGCUUUAACUCUUUUAUCCUGCAUGUUCUUAUUGUUUACUGUUGCUAUGUACUCCUCUCCAAUGUUUCACACAAAGCAAGAUAUUCUGUAGAAACAUUUGAUGGAAUAUUUUCCUAAUCUUCAAUAGGUAUUCGUGUGGCAUGGGCUCUGUAGUUUAAGAAAAAAAAUUCAACUCGCUAACCUUUCAAAAGCCUUAAAAUGAAACAUUUCAAUCUAUGAAUCUAUAACCACUCCUUUUCUUGAGCUAUCAAACCAGUAUAUACAAAGGCCUUUUUCGGAAAAGGGCUUUUGACUUCUGUGGCCUUCUUAUGUAUAUUUCUGAGAUGUACAGGGACAAAGCUUUAUCCUCUCUGGUGUACUGGAGAGAUCUGCAAAGGUUAAAUGCAGUUUUCACAAGUAUAAUGUUGGUGGUUUAAGGAAAAUGGUGCUGGUGCCCUUUAGCCUCCAGCCAGGGCUGAAUUUUCCAGACUACUCUGCCCAUCUUCCAAAGUUCUGGAAUAACAAAUGUCUUCAAGAUUUGUACAUAAACAUACCCUUAUCUGAAUUAAGAUACUGUGUUACUUCUUUAUGAAAUAAGUAAUUAUAUUGCCAGAAGCAAUAUUUAGCAAUUAUGAUAAGCUUAAAAAUAUGUAUAUCUAUAUAUUUCGUUUUUCUGAUAGACUUCAGACUUGUUUAUUCUUACAUUUGUGUUGAAAUCCAUUGUUUUAACCAAUAGCCUUGAGAGUUAAAAGUUCUAUUGUGACAAAUAUGUGUCUCCCAUUUGCAUGUUGAUUUUUAAGGCUUCCCUGAAGUAAAUACACGUGUGCUCUCUCCUCACAAAUAACUCGGAUGCCUAACCUGGUUUUUUUUCCCCCUCAACAUUAAUGAAAUCUUGCAUGUAGCUUAAGUUUUAUGGCACUUGAAUGUACCCUUAUGGAUGGUUUGGUUAAUGUUGUCUCAAAUAUUUGUUUUGAAAUCUGAGUUUAUAGGGUUGUCAAACUGAGAUUAUUGAACUUUGUUUUACUUCUUAACACUUUCCAGAUGAUGAAACUUCUAAACAUGACUUUUUGUGUUUAAGAUGAUGGCGUCUUAGAGCAAAAAAAAAAGAGAACAGUAAAGCCAAGAAUCUUUUGUCCUUCCACACCUACCACUAUUGUUCUAUUCUCUCUAGGGACAUGUAGAAAAACUUUCCUGAAAACUGCUACUCUGUUCUUAUAGGCUUUCCAAAAAGAUGAGAAAGAAGCGAGGAGCAGGUGAAAUUUUAAAAUCCGAUAUGAGCGUGUAUCUUUCAUGUCACAGGAUAUGUGUGUUUAUAAGAAAUGUUUUUAAUUAAGAUUAUUUAUUGAUUCACUGGUAAUAAGAGACGUCAAAUCAACCUGAAAUAUUGCAAAGCUGUUCUUUAACACAGAAAGUGAUCAUCCUAAGUACUCCUCUUUAGUUGUGAAAUAGCGAUAGGAGAGUUUUUCUUAUGAAAUAACAAAACUAUGGAAUUGGUUGAAUUCUUUUUAAAUUUUUUUCAAAAAACUGAAAAGGAAAUAACCUUAGGAUUUUGUUGAUACUUUUGUACGUGUUUCAGAUUAUAUUUCCUGUUUUCAUCCUUGUACAUAGCUUUUUAUUAAUUAUUAUUAUUAUAAACUUCAUACUAAUUGAAUUUUGUUUCCCAUUGUAUUGGAGUUAAUUCAAGCCCAUUAAAAGUCUAGCGUAGUCCAACAAUACUUUUUGGUUUUCUGAAGUGCGGCAGGAGUCCUCAGAGAUCCUUACGGAUGGUCAAAGGAGAGGACCUUUCUUCUUGUUAAGCAGAUAAGGAUGAUUGAGAGGGGAAAGGGCGAUCCUUUGUGAUGGACUAAUGCAGGCUCAAAAGACAUGCCCAUCUCAGUUAUCAGAGGAAAAACAUUGGACAUUACAGCUUUGUGUUAGCUAAAUGAAUGCUGCCAAUACGUUUAACAUAAAGCUGUAAACAGUCUUGGUUUCCCUCUCGCCUCUCAUUCCAUUCUCAAUACCAGAGACAGGCCCAAAUAGCUGGAUGUUAUUACCCUGGUUCAGCUUCUCAACAGCAGGUUGAUUGGUGAAAAACAAUGUAGACUAAGGGUAUCAAUUCAGACCAGUAAAAAGUCUUGGAUUUUGGCCUUAUUUUUGCUAGUAAUCAUUUCCAAGGUGACUCUAGGGUUCACUUAACUCCGUGAUGCCCAGAUUUCCACUCACCAUCACAAAGACAAAUCUACCUCAUGAGAAUGAAUCUAUAACAUAUUCCAGGAGCCAGAAGCUCUGGUUGUCAUUCUAUUCUUGGUCGUUUGGGGACUGAAAAUUAAAAAAACAAACACACAUUAACUUCUUGGAUUUUUUUAAAAAUAGAAGUAAGCAAGUAAAUAGCUAUUUAUUUCUAUCUAGUCCAUAUUGUAUGUGACCAAACACUUAAAACUACUAAAGUUAAAAAUCCCUCAUACUCUUAAGCGAUUCAUCUUACCCAUGUGGUAUACUUCGAGUGAACCAUACCUCAGAGUAAGUCCAGCAUCUAAAUUUUGGACCUAACUUUUAGCCAUUUUCUUAUGCUAACACUUGAAUUAUGAAAGAGAUUCAGUUUGCAUGGGUCUGUUCUACUACUUGUUUACAUCUUCGAAGUUUUGAAGGAAGAUGAUAUUGAAUCUGUUGACUAGAUAAGACUAAAAAUAAUCUGUGGACUAGAUGUCGUUGUCAUCAUAGAUCCUAGUACAUUUUUUCUAGUGUACAUUAAAUAUUAUUGUAAUUUUAUUCUGAAAUUUCUGUGGAUAUAAAUCAGUUCACUUUUUCUUACAUUCCUAAGUCACUACUGUAAUAUUUGCUAUAGAAAAGCAUAUAAGACAACCUACACAUUAGAGGUUUGGUUGUUUUUUGAAGGCAUUACCCAUCAUAAUUUAUAUUUAGGCUUUACCCAGUGAUUACAUAUUUACAAAAGGAAGAGAGAAAAGUUAAAAAUAAUAUGAGAUACUUUCUUGCUUUCUUGCUUUAUAGAUUUACAAAAGGAAGACGGAAAGUUUAAAAAUAAUAUGAGACACUUUUCUAGCUUUCUUGCUUUUUUCUUGCCAAGGGUAUUGAACAUUGUAAAGAUAUAUAAAACUUUUUUACUGAGUUUCCUUCCCUUCUGUUUUUCUUCACAGAAAUUGUAAAAUCCCAAACUUCUUUACAGCAUUCUCUUAUCACACUGAGGAAGUGUGUCUAUCAUACAUAGACAUUUUGCUUUUUCUCAUUGCACUUGAAGGGGACUUGUCAUUUGUAAUCUUGGUAGUAGAAGUGGAGUCAACUCCUUAUUCAUAUUCUGUGUUAUGCAUGACGUAGGAUAACUCCAUCUGCCUCCUCUACACUGUAGGGAAUAGUAUCAGUAGCUCUGCUCUCACUUCUGCUGCUGUUACCCUUCAUGCCUUAGGAUCUCCUCUUUACUAUAUCAGAACGUGAUACAAAAAGAAACAUGUUGAUGUGGACCUUAGGAAUGCACACCUGAAAAGGUUAAGAAGUUGUGGUUGUGAAAGUGAGGAAGCCAUAAUAAAGUUAGUCUGGAAGAGGAAGAAGGGUAGUAUUACAUUUUGUAAAUGACAAUAUUCUUUUCAUACAAAAACUUGAAAGAUAAAAAGAAGAGAGAGUAGUUUAUUACUCCCACAGAUCAGAAAUAAUGCCAUAUGCUAAUUUACUUUUACACUAGCCUAACCAAAUGUACAGGUGGCAGAUUGUUGAAGAAACAUAUGGGUUAGGAACGCUUUGCUAAUCUUUUGUGAUUGAUAUCCUAGAGGGCAGCCCAUCCCUUUAUCAUAGUCAAAAUCCUGUUUGGGAUAAAUAACAGAGUAAAUCUGACAUUUAAAGAUUAACAGAGGUGGGAAGGCAUAGAGUCCCAACUAUCUUUUCGGGUCCCCCUAAAUCAAUAAAGGAUGCGGUUUAAUCUCUCAUUUUCUCCUCUACUGUCUCUUUAAAGAAAAGUCUCCAUAUAUACAGGGUCCUGUCUCAACAACACAGAGAGUAAGAAUUAAAGGAGAAACUUAUUCACUGCCCACUAGGGCAAUGCAUUGCGGGGAUGGGAUGCAAAGAGGCAGCAUUAUCAGAAUUUUAGAACUGGAUAGGCUCCCAGUCCAACUCCUCUCCCCACCAGGAGAGAUGCUGACUCUUCUGUAUAUCUUUUAGAGACUCAGAGAGCAAGUGGUCAAUAUUCAGAGAGCAGCCUAUGAUUCAGUAUGUCCCAAGAUACAGCACAUUAUGUCUUUGGACAUCAACAUUCAUGUCUUCAGUCAAAGUCUGUGUCCCUGUAGCUUUCACUUCUUGGUCCUAAAUGGAGGCAUUCUAAAGGAUUUUCUAUCUUCCACAUUAUAAGCUUUUCACAUAGUUGAAAGUAACUCUCAUGUUGGGGUUAGUCCCAGUUCUUGCCCUCAGAUAACUUACCAUUUGAUGUCCAGAUCUGUCCCAGUCUUCCUCCUAGCAUGUUAUCCUUCUGCUUUCUUCCCUUCUUUUUCUAGCUUUUCUUGUUCUAUCAGGUUUUUUUUUCUUUCUGUAUCUAUUGCCCAUAGGUUGCUUCCCUAGAGUUUAUUCCAUUUUGUGCCCCUUCCCAUGGACGCAACCUCUCUGAAAGAACAUUUUGUGGUCUAUCUGUCUGUCUGUCUUUGUUUCUUUCUUUCUUUCUUUGUUUCUUUCUUUCUUUUUCUGCUUUUUAGGGCUCCACUCACGGCAUAUGGAGGUUCCCAGGCUAGGGGUCCAAUCACAGCUAUAGCUGCCGGUCUGCACCACAGCCACAGUAAUGUCAGAUCCAAGUUACAUCUGCAACCUACACCACAGCUCACGGCAACGCCGGAUCCUUAACCCACUGAAUGAGACCAGGGAUUGAACCUGCACCCUCAUAGAUGCUAGUCAGAUUUAUUUCUGCUGAGCCACGACAGGAACUCCUAAAAGAACAUUUUGAAAUUCCUGGAAAUCCUGGCUCCUUCAUAGAUCAACACGGGCAUUUGGGGUUUUUUGGUUUUGUUUUUGUUUUAGAUAAAGGGGAUAGGAGGUAGGUUAGUUUUGUGGCUUUGGAAACUUCUUGUAGCCCGGGAUCUGUUGACAAGAUUGUAUUGCUGUUAUAUCUUAAAGAAGCAUACCUCCAGAGCCUGUGUUCUGUGUUUGCUUGCCUUCUCUGACAGCCUGGCUAACCUUUACAUUCUCUAGUACCCCCCAAUGUGAUUUGAUUUAUACCACUGUGGUAUGUUACAGCUAUGGAAACUUAAUUUCUGUUUAACGGUCUGAUUAUAACUUAGAUGCCCACCAGAAAUAAUGAUAUUAAAAAUUUGAAAUGUUAAUCUAUCUCUUUUAGUUUUGCCUGCAUCCUCAAACCUAUGAGAUUCUGAGGGAAAAGAGGCCUUGUUUUAUUUAUCUUUGUUUGCCAAAGACACAUAUGUAUCUCAGACAUAUAACAGAUAAUUAACAUUUGUUAAAUUGAAUUAAAUGAUUAGUCACAUGGUAAUGGAUAAACUCUAACUUUUCACUUAGAAUCUCUUGUAUUGGGACAUAAAUUUGUACUAAAGUGAUCACCACAUGCCCAAUCAGUGUAUGCAGGUAGCCCCCCAAAAACCCACAUGUGGCCCAGAAGCCACUGUCUCUCCUAUUAAUCCUGUGCUAUGGUCCUUAAUUUAUUCAAAGAGUCUACUAUACUUCUAUGAUAGAUGUCAGUCUCUCUUGUUAAUGUCUUACAAUUUGAUUCAAUUAAAAGCUGUUAUCAAUUUAUCACAAUAAUCAACUGUUUUCACUAUAGAACAUAUUAUUGAGACUGGGAUACUUUUCUAUAUGUAUAAAUUCAUCUCGAAGUGUGAUAUCAUAAAGAGGACUUGUUAUUUGACAAUUUGCGUUUAUCCAAAAAACAUUUUGGAGAGUUCCCAUUGUGGCUUAGUGGAAACGAAUCCAGCUAGUGUCCAUGAGGAUGUGGAUUCAAUCCCUGGCUUUGCUCAGUGGGUCGGGGAUCUGGAGUUGAACUGUGGUAGAGGUCACAGGCGCAGCUCAGAUUCUGUAUUGUUGUGGCUGUGGUGUAGGCCAGCAGCUAUAGGUCCAAUUCAACCCCUAGCCUAGGAACUUCCAUAUGCCCUGGGUGCGGCCCUAAAAAAAAAAAAAAAAGCAGAAGGCAUUUUGGAAAGCGGUUUGAUACUUUUGUUUUACCCGAUAUAAAAACACCAAAUGUAUCAAACUCUUGUGAUAUCAAGAGUUUUGUAUAUCAGAUAGAUCAGGGGGUGGCAAACUUUUUCUGUAAAGAACUGGAUAAUAAAUAUUUUAGGCUUUGCAGGCCAUGUAGUCUCUGUCAAAAUGACUCAACUUUUGCCAUUAUAGAGUAAAAGCAGCAUUGACAAUAAAGAAACGUGAAUGUGCUCCAAUCAGACUUUAUUCAUGGACUCUGAAAUCUGAAUUUCAUAUAAUUGUAUGGUGUCACUAAAUAUUCUUCUAUUUUUUCCCAACUGUUAAAAAAUGUAAAACUGUUCUUAACUCACAGCCAUACAAAAGCAAGGAGAGGGCUGGAUUUGCCUGAGGCUUUAGUCUGCUGACCCCUGAUUUAGGUCUAGAGAAACAGAGAACUGACUAGUUAGAUUUUUGCCUUUGUACUGUUUUGAAGAGCUGUAGUCACAAUCUUAGUACGUCAUUCAGUGUUGAAGUAUUUUGGAUCUUGUUUAUGAUUAGAACUGGAAAACAGAAGAUGAGGCACUUGUUUCUGUUUUUGUGGCAGCCAGGGUACACCUGAAUUGUAAUCUGAAAUAUCCUGGGAGUUCCCUGGUGGUCUAGUGGUUAGGAUUUGGUGCUUUCAAUGCUGCGACCCAGGUUCAAUCUCUGGUCUGGGCACUGAGAUCCUACAUCAAGCUGCUGCACACCAUGGCCAAAAAAUUAAUCAAUGAAAUAAAAAUAAUAAUAAAAUAUCUUUACCCGCUAUAGCACCAAUCUCUGUCAGUUUUCCCAAUUGUUCUGUGUUAACUAUGCUCUUAAGUAUUUGGUGACUAAUCCAGCCAAUCCUUUGGUUCUGUUUGAUUUGGAAGUGUCUGCCUCCAUUUCCCCCUAAGGAGUAAAGAAACAUGUCCCAGAGUCACUCUCUCUUUAGCCAGGUUUUAGAGAUAACUAACAAGCAUGGUAAAGAAAGUGAAAUGAUUUUCACUCUGAACUUUUGGUACACCAUAGUGUUUUGAGUAGUUGUAUAAAUUUAAGGUUGGGUAUCUAAAGGAAACAUUUUAGAAAGUUCCUCUUUCAAAGUAAAGAGAGUUUUCUGAGAGAAAUGCCCUAAUUCAGGGCCUAUUUGGGCAGUAUUUAAUAAGUCAGAAUAAAAUAAAAUUGUAUUUUUUUCAGAGUAUCUUUGCUCCCUGGUUGACAUAAUUGUGUUCUGAAGAAUUCCUUGAUCUGAAGAUCUGCAGUUUGCUUUGGGAAGUGCUUUUUUUUUUUUUUUUUUUUUU